CUCGGCAGAGCGGCUGCUGCGGGGCGGACUGUGCUGCUCCUGAGCCGCCGGAGCCCGCUCCCUGACCCUUGCCCCGGCUGCGCCGGGCCCGCAGCGACACCGGGCUAUCGCGACAAGCGGGGACCCUAUCGCCAGUGUGCGGCUGCGGCGGCUCCCCCAGGGGACGCGGGGCGGCCGGGGGGUCCGGCUCGGAUGGCGGAGGGGACCCAGCCCCAGCAGCAGCAGCUUCUCCCCGGCGGCGGAGCCCCCCGGGGCGUGAAGCGGGAGCCGGAGCUGGAGCAGCCCAUGCCCGGCGGGGACGGCGCCGAGACCGGCCACAGCAAGCGGCUGAGGACAGAGGCGGAGGCGGGCGGCGGCGGCGGCAUGCAGAAUGAGCCUCUGACCUCAGGUUAUCAUGGAUACCCUGCGAGGGACAAUCAAGGUAACCAGGAGCCAACAGCCACUCCUGAUGCAAUGGUCCAACCAUUCACCACAAUCCCGUUCCCACCACCCCCACAGAAUGGGAUCCCCACAGAGUAUGGGGUGCCACACACUCAGGACUAUGCAGGCCAGACCAGCGAGCACAAUCUGACACUCUACGGAAGUACGCAGGCGCAUGGAGAGCAGAGCACGAAUACGCCCAGCACGCAGAAUGGAUCUCUUACGCAGACAGAAGGAGGGGCACAGACAGAUGGACAGCAGUCACAGACACAAAGCAGUGAGAAUACCGAGAGCAAGUCCACUCCAAAGCGGCUUCAUGUCUCUAACAUUCCCUUCCGCUUCCGGGAUCCAGACCUCCGACAGAUGUUUGGGCAGUUCGGCAAAAUCCUUGAUGUAGAGAUAAUCUUUAAUGAGCGUGGCUCCAAGGGAUUCGGGUUCGUAACUUUCGAGAAUAGUGCUGAUGCAGACAGGGCCAGGGAGAAAUUACACGGCACCGUGGUAGAGGGCCGUAAAAUCGAGGUGAAUAAUGCCACAGCGCGAGUGAUGACCAAUAAGAAGAUGGUCACGCCAUAUGCAAAUGGUUGGAAAUUGAGCCCUGUGGUUGGAGCAGUGUACGGCCCCGAGUUAUACGCAGCGUCCAGCUUUCAAGCAGAUGUCUCGCUGGGCAAUGACGCCGCAGUGCCCCUGUCAGGAAGGGGGGGUAUUAACACUUACAUUCCUUUAAUCAUUCCAGGCUUCCCCUACCCAACUGCAGCCACCACAGCAGCUGCGUUCCGGGGAGCACACCUGAGGGGUCGAGGACGAACAGUAUACGGUGCAGUCCGGGCAGUACCCCCCACGGCCAUCCCUGCCUAUCCAGGAAUAGUCUUACAGGAACCAAUCAUUAGCGCUAAAAUACCUCAGGGUGGAUAUGCAGCCUACAGAUAUGCACAGCCUGCUACUGCAACAGCAGCCACAGCCGCUGCCGCCGCUGCAGCAGCUUACAGCGAUGGUUAUGGCAGGGUGUACACAGCAGACCCUUAUCACGCCCUUGCCCCUGCCGCUAGCUACGGAGUUGGCGCUGUGGCGAGUUUAUACCGAGGUGGCUACAGCCGAUUCGCCCCCUACUGAAGUGACGUGAGCCCCUGCAAGUGGGACAGCCCCCCCCAGUUCAUGAGGCCUGGCUAUUGCAAUAUUUACUAGUAGAGGAACUCUAUAGCAAGAUGAGGAGGAAAAACAAAAAAAACAAAAGAGAAAAUACUUUUUUAUACCUCACUAUGUUCUUUGAAUAUGUAUUUUUCCUUUAAAUUUCUGCCUUUAAUUCUUUUGUUCCAAAGAUUGUGCUUUUUUUUUGUUUGUUUUUUGUUUUUUUAACUGUGGUAAAAAAUAAUGCAUUUCCGUGUCUGUAUGUUGGUGCAUAGCUUAUCCUACCAAUCACGGAAGAGGCAAUUAAUGAUAAGGAAAGAUGUUAGGAACCAAUAUCAUGCAAUUAAUUGUGGACAAAGUUACUUACCUGGGUCUGGUGCUUGGCACCUGUGAGACAGGAGGAUGUGAGGGAGAGCCUCUUCCUGCCGUGUUUCUGCCCUUUGGAUGGACGCGUUGAUUGGCUGUGGCUGGAGAGAAGUAGUUGUUUGUAUUUGAAAAGAGGGGAGAUGCAGAGACUUCCAGAAUUUUAUCACCGUCUGACAUGCACACACUUGGAACGGUUUCAGCAGUGUCAGGACUAUAUAGUUGCCCAAACUUGCCCAAAGACUUGGGCUAUUAACUGCAGUAGGGGACAAGACUUUGAAAUGAAUUCUUGAUAUCUCUCCCUCCACACACACCUAAUCCUAGUUGAUUGUUGUCCACUACUGGACUGUAAUUGUCUGUCCUUCCUCUGCUUUCUAAGGUCUUUCUCCUUUACUGCCCCUCUUUUUCCUUUCUUUCCUUGAGGAUUGGGUGGUGUGAUGCUGCAAACGUGGGCAGUAACGGCAGAGCUUGAGGCAAUGGUUGAGAGUGCUUGUGUCUCGGACAUCAAGGAGUGGUUAGAUUUAUCGAGUGUUUGCAGCUUUAUGGGGAAGAAAGCUGGCGGAAGAACCCUGCAUCGGUGCCACACUGAGCUGCUCUGAGGUUCAGCAUUCAAGGUCCCUCUCUCUAUUCACCAUGAGCCACGUAGGCAUUGCUGCAAAUAAAUCAUUAAAGUAGUGUGAAGACAAUAAAUGAGUCAUGGAUCAGCUGCAGGGGGACGGGAGUGUGUGUGAGGGGAAGAGAGUGUGUUUUAUUUCAGAACGCUGUUCCUGAAGUGAUUUUGGAUAGCUCAGAUGUCUGGCGGUAGGCAGAAGCCGUUUGUACAAGCUCUGAAGUCAUAGGAACCUCCCAUCUCCUAGAUCUAGUUGAGGCCCUUAAAUAUUUAAUCUAGAGCCCCAGUCGCCAUUCACCCAGCCUCUCAGUAUCCUGCAAAGAGCACCUGGACUGCUCAGUCCACAUUUACACUACAGACUGUAAGAUUCUAAAGCAGAAAGACUAUUUAGAAGGGCUCCAUGGCUCCCAAGGCCAUCUUCCUUCUGCUCUUGUAACUAGAGUGAUUCUUCUAUUUUAAAAAGCAGGCAUUUUAUAGGUUGCUGCAAGGAGUAGCACUGUGGCAGGGAGUCGUUGCUCUCAACAGCUGAUUUUAGAACUCAGAGGAAUUGUCUCCCCUCCAGUUGUUAGUUAUUGCUAUGCUCCCAGCAACUCUUGCAAUCAAAGGCAGAUUCUCUGACGCUUUAUCUAACCCUAGACACUAGAGAAACAGAGAGAGAAGCACAAUUCCAUUUGGCUCCCUUGUCUAGCUGAAUUGGUCCGGGGGUGACUUUUCACUCCCUGAAGGGCAGUGUGGGGUGUGGAUUUGUAGCUAGAGCCUUUCAACUCCUGCCACCAUACACUUGCUUCUCUGUCAACAGUUGAUAUCAGAAUAGGAAACCAGAUGCAUUGAACUUUAAGCAUUGUAAGUGAGCAGGGCUGUCUGGGAGGUGCACUGACCCAGCCAUGCACAACACACAUCUUUGCUCUUCCCCAUAGCACACGUCCUCCCUGUGCCUGGCAGGGAGGAGGUGCCUGAAGUGGGAAGGAUCGGGGAGACAUGAGUUAAGCUAGAGACCCUAAAGCUAUUGAUUCUGUGGAAGAAUAGCUAGAACAAGGGGACACCAAACUGCCAGCCUGUUGGCCACUUUUUUCGUUUUUGUUUGUUGUUUUUGGUUUUUUUUCAAGCCAAAGUUUGGUUUGUUGCAGUUAUGACAAUUUUUGUUGUUUGUAUAUAAAUAUUUUAGUUAGAUUGAAAACGGGGUGGGGGGAGUGGGGUGUUGGGGCUUUCACAAAAUCAAGGAAAUGAGGGGACGGUGGGAUUUUUGGCUUUUACUGGUUGAGUGGGGGAAAAUUUUUUCCAGUAGAACUUCUAGUGUCAUAUUGACGGGAAGCCAAUUUCCAUCAUGUGGCAGAUGGGGGUGGGAGACUCCUUUCUGGAGCUGAGACGCAGCAAAAGCCUCAAACGGAGUUCAUCAUAGCCACACCUAGGGUGGUGGGGGGAGUGAAAACAGGAUGUCUCUUUUCUUACUCUCAGGAAGGAGAAAUUGCUGAUGCUGUGGGGCCGCAGAGUGAGAGAGGGCGAGGGCGAGGGGACACAGCUUGCUUAGCACUGCAAUGACAGCAGCUUGAGCUUCGGCCCCUUUCAUGUGUCUCAGUUCAGCUGGUUCUGACUGUAGCUUCUGAAAAGUCAAGCUCCACUUUCUCAAGAGCCCUCCUGCACCAUGGCAGCGCAGCAUGUGGUUGGUUGCCCCCUUUCCUCUCCAUCUGUAGGGAAGGCUGAACACACUUCUGCUUUUAAGUAGGGUCUGUGCUUGGCAAAUAUAACCCUGCUUAGUGCUCAAAAUCUGGGUUCUUGUCACAUAAGUGCCUGGGUUUUGCAGAGGGUGGGUCACCUAAUGCUUUAGCACCUACUGUCACCAACUUCUGAUCCACAAAGGCCAGGUUCCUAAUGCAUCAGUGGGGGCUGCCCUGAUCUAUUAAUCAUCACUGUUCAAGGCCCCUCAGUGUAUUAGCACCUGGGUUUCCCUAAUUCCUACUCCGUGGUGACUGGGCUGGGGGGAAACUAAGCCCUUUGCCCUGCUGACUACAGGAGUUGGUUCUGUAAUUUUAGACAUUUACCAUCCAUACAGUCCAGGUGAUACUUUCCAAAACCAAGACCUCCCAGACAGCUUUUACCACAGCUGGAUUUUUGCAGCAGGGUUGCGCCUAUGAAUUCUGUGCCAUGGCAAGCAAGAGCCCUUCAUCCCUUCCUCCAUCCCACUUGGCAAACACAAUGACUCUGAUUCCACAGAUGAUAUUUAAUGAAUUGGCUCAUGAUACGAAGGACCUAUUUCCAUUCAGAUUAGCCAAGCCUUGACUGUAUCAAUCUUUGAAGUAUCCAUUGUCCCAAAGAUUGAGGAAGGCCUGUAUCUCCCUAUGCAGAAUCUAUUAUACUCAGGCUUUUUACAGGCAUGAGGAGAAUGGGGGUAGAAAUGGGGCAGGCUUUUGUCACUGAGAACAUCUAGUACUUUUGCCCUGUAAUGAUCAGUGUUCAAGAGUUUCUCUCACACAGGACUUGGCUCAGAUCCUUAACCACUUAGGUCUGGUCUGCCCCCCAGUGUUUGUACCAGUAUAACUACUUUGGUUAGAGGGGUGAUUUUAAUGAUAUUGUUAUACUGGUACAAUCUAAUGUGAGUGCUGUUAUAUUGG